AUGUCAGAUAAUCUCGCAUUUGACGAACUUCCGUUGCGAAUAGAUGGCCCUCGAGGUAAUGCGUGGGGUUUGUUUGGGGGUAAAGAUGAGUGUGGCAUGUUGAACUUCCUCACCCCAGAGAGAAUUAAUGCCGCCGCAAAGGAAAUCCAGCAUGGUAUUCGCAUUCCCACUGACCUUCCACUGGAUUACAUGUCAAAUCCAUGCUUUGGUCGCUCUGCAUUUCACCAGAACAUCAAGAAUAAAGCUCCUCGUUCUGUCAACGAUGAUACGCUUCAGUUCAACACUCAAAUUAGUUCUCAGUGGGACGGCUUCAGGCAUUACGGAUAUCAAGAUGCAAAGCUAUACUUUAACGGGCAUACUUUGGAGGACUUAUUGUCAACCAAAGUAAAUGGCAUACAUGCAUGGGUUGAAAAUGGAGGAAUCGUCGGACGAGGCGUCUUGCUAGACUAUGCUUCCUGGGCAGAAGAAAAUAAUAUCAUAGUCGAUCAUUUUUCCACUCAUGCCAUUUCAGCCACAACCCUUCAAACGAUCGCCGCAGAACGAAAAACAGAGCUGAAGCGCGGAGACAUUGUUUUUAUUCGAUCGGGAUGGACAAAGGCAUUCUCCAGUCUGUCGGAGGCGCAGGCAGUAGCUCUGGCAGAACAUUCAUCACCUCCAGCUGUUGGUAUCGAGUCAUCAGAGGAGACUUUACGUUGGCUAUGGGAUGGAGGAUUUGCAGCUAUCGCGGGAGACAUGCCAAGUAUGGAAGCGUGGCCAUGCCAAGAUACAGAGUUCUGGCUUCAUGAGUGGCUAUUGGCUGGUUGGGGGAUGCCAAUUGGAGAACUAUUUGACUUGGAACGGUUAAGUGCGGAAUGUAAACGACUUGGAAGAUGGUCUUUUUUCUUUAGCAGUGUCCCUCUAAGAGUGCCUGGAGGAGUCGCAAGCCCCCCCUAA